AUGGCUAAAGCUCCGAAAUUGACCAAGAAGCAGAAGAAAGCGCUGGCAUUUCGAGAGCGCAAGGCGAAGAACAAGGUCAAGGCUUUAGACGGAUUCGAAGACAAUGAUAUCCCUGUCGAGGAGAACCAAGAUGCUGUGGAAGCUGAAGUUCCGUCUGGCCAUGUGGAGGAUCAAGCGAGACGUCAGGAAUUGGAAGCGUCGGCAGGAGAAGAGGAUAAUCGGGUGGUGGAGAGCAGUCACAGCCUCAAGAAGCGCAAACGGCGGGAGGAGGAAGCAGGUAAAGGCGUCGAGGAUGAACCGAAAGCAAAAAAGCGGAAAGCGGCGGACAGUAAUGAACAUGAGGAUCCUUCCAUCAGUAGAUCGAGCAUACCGAAGGCGGUGGCAGAAUCAAAUGUGAAAGAAAAGCGGUUUAUUUUAUUUAUCGGUAAUCUGAAGUAUACAACCACGCAGAAGGCCAUACAAAUACAUUUUGCAGCGUGCGACCCGCCACCGACUGUCCGCCUCAUUACACCUAAGGCACCCUCCAGCGGGAAGCCCGUAACAAAGUCCAAGGGAUGUGCUUUCCUAGAGUUUUCAUCGCGCAAUGCCCUUCAGCAAGCGUUGAAAUUGCACCAGUCCGAACUUGAAGGGCGAAUGAUUAACGUGGAGCUCACAGCAGGCGGAGGCGGGAAGAGUGAGAGUAGAUUGGAGAAGCUUAAACAACGGAACAAAGAACUUCAUGAACAAAGGGUGCGUCUUCAUGAAAUGAUUGUCAUUCUCGGCGCGCCUGGUUGA